UUUUAUAUGAAGGUUCCUCCCUCUGUUAUCAUGUGACUUACAGGAAACGGCCGGCAAUCUAACUUCAACAGGAAGAGGAUGGAGCGUCGUGUCGUGGACGAGCUAAACAAACUGAAUCUGGAUCAGCCAUGGAGGGCAAUAUCCUGGGGAGACAAACAGAGGGACCUUCAGUAUGUGCAGGAGUACAAGCCUGAAAAUGGGAAUGUCUCCCAUCUCAGAGUUCUUCUGUACGGACCUGUCGGAGCUGGAAAGUCAAGCUUCAUUAACUCUGUCAGCAAUGUCCUUUGGGGCAGGAUGACUAUUCCUGCUCUGGCCAGUUCAACCACCUCUGACACCAGUUUCACCAGAAGAUAUGAAACUUUUAAAAUCAGAAAAGGAAAAGGAAACCCAAAGACAUUUUACCCUUUUGUCUUCAACGACGUGAUGGGGCUGGAAGAGGGGUCGGACUCUGGAGUUCAUGCUGAAGACAUCAAACUGGCCAUGAAGGGACGAGUGAGGGAAGGUCACAAGUUCAACCCGCUGUCUCCACUGUCAGAGCGCGAUCAUGGCUACAACCCAACGCCCUCUCCAGACGACAGGGUUCACAUCCUGGUUUGUGUGCUUUCUGCAAACUCAGCAGAAAUCAAGGGUUCAGUUCUGCAGAAGAUGAAGGCCAUCAGAGAGACAGCCAGUGACCUGGCAAUUCCUCAGAUGGCGAUUGUGACCAACAUCGACGCAGCGUGUGCUGAGAUCGAGAAGGAUCUGAAGAACGUCUACAUGAGCAAACACCUGAAGAAAAAGAUGACUGACUUCAGCUCAGCAGUGGGAAUCCCAAUGAACUGCAUCUGUCCAGUGAAGAACUACAGCCAAGAAAUCCAGAUCAAUGACGAAGUGGACUCUCUGAUCCUGAGUGCUCUGAGACUCAUCGUCGACUUCGGAGACGACUUCAUCGACAACAUGCAGACCUUACCUGCAGGACAGUGAGGUGUGGGUGUUCAGUGCUCACCUGUCAGGGCUGUUACUGCUGUUUGAUGAUGAAGUUCAUUCUGUGUCUUCAUUAAUCUGUAGAUAAACAGAUCAUACAGGUGAGGAAAGUAACACCUGCUCACAUCUACAUCUGUCUAUAUAUAUACACAAUAUGUCAUAUACAUGAGACAGAGCUGAUGUGGAGGACCAGCAGUACAUUACACUGGUGCUCAUCAGAAGGUAUAGCUUUUAUUUUGAAAGGUCGGGUCAUCGGUUCCAACAAGAAGCAGCCUGAUAAUAAAGUGUCUAUCACUUCCUGCUCUGACACUUCUCAUCUCACAUCAUCACUGAACAUUUCCUUGCGUUCUUAUUUAACUUAUUGUAUUUAUUGUGUUUGUUUUGUCCAGCUGUUGACUGCAGAUGUUAUUUUAAAAGUGUGUUGUCCUGCAUAAAGACAGUAAACAGCUGUGACUGGGUUAAAACAGACUAAUCACUGCUCUGUGUCCAGGACUGAUGAUGGUCCAUAAGAACUCAGUGUUGAGUUCUAAUAGACAGUACUGGAACACUAGUCUUUAGAACAUGGAACCUGCUGGCAGCAGAACACUGUUCAAUAAAAGUCUUCUUGCUAUGUGAAGCACUGUAGCUGCAUGUUUGUUUGAAAGAUGCUGUGUGAAUAAAGUUAAGUUGAAGAGCUAAUAAAGACUUCAGUCACA